AUGUCUCUUACCACCACCAAUCUCGAUGGCAUUUUGCCCUUGAUCGCCAGGGGAAAGGUCCGUGAUAUCUACCAGGUUGAUGACCAAACACUCUUAUUUGUGGCUACCGAUCGUAUAUCGGCUUAUGAUGUAAUUAUGGAAAAUGGUAUUCCUGAUAAAGGCAAGAUUUUGACCCAGCUUUCUGAAUUUUGGUUCGAUUUUCUUCCGUUUUCAAACCAUUUGAUCAAAGAAGACCUCUUUUCCAGGCUCCCUGCUCAGUUGGCUGAGCCCAAAUAUCGUCAACAGUUAGAAGGAAGAUCUCUUCUUGUCCGCAAGUUGAAACUUGUUCCUUUGGAAGUGAUUGUUAGAGGCUAUAUUACUGGCUCGGCAUGGAAAGAGUACAAGAAGUCAGGCACCGUGCACGGUCUUAAAGUGAAGGAGGGAUUACAGGAGUCCCAGGAAUUUGCAACUCCUAUUUUCACUCCAUCUACCAAAGCUGAUCAGGGCGAGCACGAUGAAAAUAUUCUGCCUGAACAAGCUGCUAAAAUUGUAGGUCAAGAGCUUUGUGACAAGUUAGCGGCCGCUGCCAUUGACUUGUAUGUGCGUGCUAAAGAGUAUGCCAAGACCAAGGGCAUCAUUAUUGCAGACACAAAGUUUGAGUUUGGUUUGGAUUCCAAUGACGAAUUGGUUCUUGUAGACGAAGUGUUGACACCAGACUCGCUGCGUUUCUGGAACGCCCAGUCGUAUGCUGUUGGCAAAUCGCAGGACUCGUACGAUAAACAAUUUUUGAGAGAUUGGCUCACGGCCAACAAAUUAAAUGGGGUAGACGGAGUGAAGAUGGACGACCAGAUUGCGGUUCGUACUAAGGAAAAGUAUGUGGAAGCCUACGAGGCAUUGACACAAAAGACGUGGAAUUAA